AUGGCCGGCAAACAUGCAAAUGAUGGCCCAACAAAGCUGAGGAUUAUCCUCGUUGGGAAGACUGGAGCUGGGAAGACUUCAACCAUCAACACGUUCCUGGGUAAACCUGCUGUGAAGAAGAACCGGCUUCUCUCAGGUACAACACCGUGCAAGACGGAGACGGCACAGUUUGGAGACCAAGAACUGGUUUUAGUUGAUACUCCUGGUCUGUGCCACACCAAGUUUACAAAAGAGGAAGUGCUGAGCGAGAUCACUGCAUCCGUGUUUGAGGCUGAUCAGGGUCCUCAUGUGUUCCUGUAUGUGCAAAAAUGGGAGGGAGACAACACAGAAGACGAGAAACGAGUGGAAGCUCUGAAGAAGAUGUUUGGCGACGCGUCAGGGCCUUACUUUUUCCUCCUGAUGACUCAUGUAGAUGGAGCUGAGGAUGAGAUAACAAAGUUUACUCAGAGAGUCGGUUUUAAAACAGAGAACUACUGUGUCCUUAACAACAAAGGUGAAAAAGAGCAGAAAGCUGAAAAAGUAAAGGAGCUGGUGGACAAAAUCAACCAGGUGGUGCAAACUAACAAGGCAGAGGGCAAAGAUUAUUACACCAAGGAAAUGUUGGAAGAACAUAAGAACAGGCUGAAACCAACAUAUCAGGUCAGUGCUGCAAACAGGGAGCUGAGCUCGGUGGUGGAGGGCUUGUUAGCUCCUGUGCUGGGUGAAGAGCUGACUCUGUCUGUGCUUGAAUAUAACUCUUCACUGUCGAAGGAGUUUGAUGAGAGGCUGUAG